AUGUUGAAAUUUUUCUGCAAAGCGUUUUGGCGGAAAAAGAAGCUUUCAUCCGUGAAACCUAUUAUUUCGAUAUCAAAAUUUCCAGUGACAAUGAGUCAUUCUGAUGAAACUUCCAGGCCGUGUAUCAUUGUUCACGGAGGUGCUGGGGAAAUCCAAAUACCGCGCAGAACACCCUGUCUCUCUGCCGUGAAGGAAGCGGCCAGGAUUGGAUAUCUAACGCUAUUGGAGGGAAAAAGUGCACUGGAUGCCGUGGAGGCAGCUACACAGAGUAUGGAGGACAGUGGAGUUCUAAAUGCAGGACAAGGAUGUUACCUUACAGAAGAAGGAACUGUUGAACUUGAUGCCAUGAUCAUGGAGGGUCAAACCUUAAACACUGGAGCAGUAGCAUGUGUCAAGAAUAUUGCAAAUCCCAUUUCUUUGGCACGCAAAGUAAUGACAAACACAUCUCAUUGUAUGCUGGCUGGGGAAGGAGCACUGAAAUUUGCGAAAAAAAUAGAUUUUCCUGUUUUGGAAGACCCUAGCUUAUUGAUUAGUGAUUGUUCACAACAGUUAUAUGAAGAUAAAAAGUCCAAGCAUGAAAAUCUCGGAGAAUCUGCAAGUUCAAAUAGCAAGGAGACAAAUGUUCAAGAUGACCCCAAGAAGAACACAGACAUGCAACUUGAAGUACAUGAUACGGUUGGUGCUGUUGCCAUGGACACUAAUGGACAUAUUGCUGUUGGUGUCUCAACAGGAGGCACUUCUAAUAAGAUGUGUGGCAGAGUAGGAGACUCACCCCUGGUAGGGUCAGGUGCUUAUGCUAAUCAGCAAGCAGGUGCUGCAUGUACUGGUCAUGGAGAGUCUUUACUUAAAGUGCUCUUAUGUAGAGAUGUUGUCUACAAUGUAGAAAAUGGAAUGACACCACAUGAUGCUUGUAGAAAAGUGAUUAAUAGGAUGGCUGAGCUGACUGGAGGUCAUGGGGGUGUCAUUUGCUUGGACAAGUUUGGAAAUAUUGGGCUGGAAUUCAAUACAAGAAAGAUGGUGUGGGCAUCUGUUACACAUGAAGGUUUUCUGAAAUAUGGAAUUGAUCCUGGAAAAGAAAUUAUGAACUACGACACUCCAGUUAAGGAAAUGGAACGAUUUGUAUUAGCUAAUAAAUUGAUGUGAAAUAUUUAUAAGUUAUUAUUAAUUGUUUAAAAAAGAAAUGUAGUUGAUCUGUAAAUGAUUGGGUCUACGUAUUCUAAUCUCUGUGAAAAAAGAGGUCAGUAAAGUUCUUUAACCCUCUAACUCCCAGAGGUGAUUGACAUGAAACUUCUCCCUAUGAUAUCCAUACAUUAUUCAGCAAACAAAUAAUAAGAAUAUUUGAACUUGUCAGGUAGAUUAGAAGGAUCUUGAUCUAACAUCAAGUUCUCAGAACUAAUUUACAAGGAAAUGUGAAGCAGCUGAGGGGAGAAUUAACAAUCAGAUGUUGGGAGUUAAAGGGUUAAGGUUACUUCAUGGAAAACAGUGCUAAGCUCUCAGAAGACAACAAAUGACAAGUAAAUUGAUAUUUUUAAUCAUAAAA